CCUUGGCACUAAUUUAGUCCCAGGCAUUCAGAGCUAAGUGGAACUACUGCUGUGCUGUUUGGGGGGAAACUUGCUUUUACUUUGCCUUUCAAGUCGGACUCCUUUUUUGUUGUUGUUGUUGUUGUGGAAAUACAAGCACUAAAACCCUCACCGCCAGCAUGCUGCUCCUACUACUCGGGAUCGUCUUCCUGCACGUCGCUGCUUUGGUUCUCUUAUUUGUGUCAACAAUUACCAGCGUAUGGACGACAGGAAACAUCGGUACUUCGGACCUGUGGCUGAACUGCACAUCUGUUGGAGGGCUGCAGUGUAACCCCGCCAGCGCCGGAGAAUGGAUCCAGGCAGUCCAGGCCGUCAUGAUCCUGUCCAUCAUCUUCAGCUGCAUCUCCCUCAUCCUCUUCUUCUGCCAGCUCUUCACUCUGCAGAAGGGCGGCCGCUUCCUCCUCACUGGAGUCUUCCAGAUCCUUGCCGGUCUGUUUGUGAUGUGCGGCGGUAUCAUCUACACGGUGAUGAGCCCCAACUGGGUGCCGGAGACGGAAUCCUUCGGCUACUCCUACAUCCUGGCCUGGGUGGCCUUCCCCCUGGCCCUCAUCAGCGGAGUCAUCUACGUCAUCCUAAGAAAGCGAGAAUGAGAACCCCACCCUCCAGCCCGUGACGUGACCCGCCACUGACGC